AUGAGUUGUCUCAGGAUGCGUCGUACGCAGCUUGCAAGCCAGCUCGCGAGGAGCUUCCGCCCAACCACACGAGCUUUCUCUUCAACCCGGCCAGCGCAACGCAUAUUCGCUACCGAGAACCUGAGGGCGAAGGAAGCGUCGGGCUUCAUCUCCAGCAAAUACCCCGUUAUCGACCACGAAUACGAUGCCAUUGUUGUCGGCGCCGGAGGGGCUGGUCUUCGCGCCGCAUUCGGUCUCGCUGAAGCUGGUUUCAACACCGCCUGUAUAUCCAAGCUGUUCCCCACCCGGUCACACACAGUAGCCGCACAGGGUGGAAUUAACGCUGCGCUCGGAAACAUGCACGAGGACGACUGGCGGUGGCAUAUGUAUGAUACAGUCAAGGGAUCCGACUGGCUUGGUGACCAGGACGCCAUUCACUACAUGACAAGAGAAGCGCCUCAAUCCGUUAUCGAACUCGAGAACUACGGGUGCCCGUUCUCGCGAACAGACGAUGGCAAGAUCUACCAGCGUGCUUUUGGUGGACAGUCGCAGAAGUAUGGAAAGGGUGGACAGGCAUACCGAUGCUGUGCUGCCGCUGACCGUACUGGCCACGCUCUCCUCCACACCCUCUACGGACAAUCGCUACGACACAACACCAAGUACUUCAUCGAGUUCUUCGCCACCGACCUGAUCAUGGAGGACGGCGUCUGCAAGGGUGUUGUCGCAUACAACCAGGAAGACGGAACCAUCCACCGAUUCAUUGCAAAGAACACUGUACUGGCCACCGGUGGUUACGGACGUGCCUACUUCAGCUGCACAUCUGCCCACACUUGCACUGGUGACGGUAUGGCUAUGGUUGCUCGUGCUGGUCUUCCCAACCAGGAUCUGGAGUUCGUCCAAUUCCACCCCACUGGUAUCUAUGGUGCUGGUUGCUUGAUUACCGAGGGAUCCCGUGGAGAGGGUGGGUACCUUCUCAACUCUGAGGGUGAACGAUUCAUGGAGCGUUACGCGCCAACUGCCAAGGAUCUUGCUUCCCGCGAUGUCGUAUCCCGAUCAAUGACCCUGGAAAUCCGUGAAGGUCGUGGUGUCGGUCCAGAGAAGGACCACAUCUACCUCCAGCUCAGCCAUCUGCCCGCCGAGGUUCUCCACGAGCGUCUGCCUGGUAUUUCUGAGACUGCCGCUAUUUUUGCUGGUGUCGAUGUCACCAAGCAGCCCAUCCCUGUUCUUCCCACCGUCCAUUACAACAUGGGUGGUAUCCCUACCAAGUACACUGGUGAGGUCAUCACCCAGGAUGCUCAAGGUAACGACCAGGUCGUCCCAGGUCUAUUCGCUUGUGGUGAGGCUGCUUCCGUCUCCGUACACGGAGCCAACCGUCUUGGUGCCAACUCUCUCCUCGAUCUCAUCGUUUUCGGCCGUGCUGUUUCCCACACCAUCCGCGACAACUUCAGCCCUGGCCAGAAGGCCGACCCCGUCUCCGCUGACGCCGGUGCCGAUUCCAUCUCCGUCCUCGACCAGAUCCGUACAUCUGAUGGCCCCAAGUCGACUGCCGAAGUCCGCCUCCAGAUGCAGAAGGUCAUGCAGACCGAUGUCGCCGUCUUCCGAACUCAGGAGUCACUCGACGAGGGUGUCAAGAAGAUCCACGAUGUUGAUGCCGACUUCGCCAACGUUGGUAUCAAGGACCGCAGCAUGAUCUGGAACUCCGACCUUGUCGAGACCCUCGAGCUACGUAACCUCCUCACCUGUGCCGUUCAAACCGCCGAAUCUGCCGCCAACCGUAAGGAGUCGCGAGGUGCCCACGCUCGUGAGGAUUUCCCCGACCGUGACGAUGAACAGUGGAUGAAGCACACACUGUCGUGGCAGAAGAAGCCUCACGGCGAGACUCAAUUAGGUUACAGGAAGGUUGUUGGUACUACCUUGGAUGAGGCUGAGUGCAAGGCCGUACCACCGUUCAAGCACCUUACCACCCAUAACACCUAUGAUAACUGGAACGAGUUACAUGACUUACCAUCAAUCGACAUUGACGAUGCAGAGACCUUGCUCCCAAAUGGGCCGGGCAAAGCGAAGUCUUCGUCAGAUAUGGCGAGUCAACCCCGAGGUCACACAUCCGGAUGGCUGAAUCACUUGCAAGACGUACUCUUGGCUCUGGGGAAACUCCCUGUUGUCAGGCAUAUCCUUUGGGUUGUCCAGUAUCUGGAUCAUCGAGUGACUAUUUUCAAAUCCAAAAGUCGCUUCCACGGAUGGCGUAUGGGCAUUCUCCUCGGAUGUUGCAUGUCAUCGAUAGUGCUUGCCUGUAACAUCAUUAUCCUCAUCCUAGGCGCAUUUCGAAAUGGUGGCUACAAAGAUGGCUUCUCCGUACCACUUACUGGGGAAGCUGAGGAGGUGUCUUGGUGGAGUAGUGCAAUUCAUGUAGUGAUCAACGUCUUAAGCACUCUGCUACUCGCCGCAUCAAACUACACUAUGCAGGUACUCAGCUCACCAACUCGUGCAGAAGUCGAACGGGCACACAAAUCGAGCCAAUGGCUGGAUAUUGGAAUUCUUAGCCUUCGAAACCUUGGCCGAAUCUCACGAAGGCGAUUAUUUCUUUUUGUUGUCAUGGCGAUAUCGUCAAUUCCUUUGCACCUCUUUUACAAUUCUGCGGUGUUCUUCAUUGGAGCAAACAAUGAAUACCGCGUAUUCGUUGUUGAGAAUGGCACGGCUGCAUACACCAAGAUUUACGAACAGUCAGACUCCGCAAAGAUCGUUGGAACGCCACUGUACAAGAAACUGGAUAAUCGCAGCCUCUUCCGGGCAUAUUCUACCGAUCUCGUUGCCUACGGAGACGUAUACAUAGCGAUAGACGACUACGCUUCAGAAAUAAACACUACGCGUCUUGAUGGCUUUAUCAACGACUGGCCGGACGUGGAUGCAAGAGUGUCUUGGGAAUUAAACGAGACAUGGCCAAUUGGGCCUUUGCAUGUGGACCUUCCACGCAUGAGGAAUUCUUCAGCGAACACUAUGGAUUGGAUACUUUUCGAAUCGACUACCUCAAAUUCAAGCCUAUCUAUACAACCGACACCGCCCAAAUACGCUCAUGUGACUCACGGCUUUGCCAAGUACACGGUUGGGACGUCCAGUCGAAUACAGCUGAGUCUCACAUUCAUGAUCAUCGUCAUAUCCUGCAACUUUGUAAAGCUAUGUACGAUGCUAUACGUUGUCUUCAUGGAAAAGUCGGAGCAUCUGGUUACACUCGGUGAUGGCGCCGCAUCAUUCCUGGAACAGCCAGACUCUACGACUGAACGAAUGUGCAUAUUAUCUCGGAACAACAUAAUUGAGAGCAUCGGCGAGCUGCAUCAUGACAAGCUUGCAAUUACAGUGCGUGAUUCAGGCAGCACUUGGGCAAAACAAUACAGCAAGUACAGUGCAGCUCUUGACAGAGAUCGAGAGUACGGUUCCUACUUCAUAUUCAUAGUCAUUGGACUUCUUUUCGGCUGCUUAAUGGCCAUACUAUGCACUCUUGGCCAUUUAAGCCCUAAAUGGGGGACGAGAAGCGACACGACAUUUCGCCAGACAGACAGCUCCUACCAAGCCACGCUUCUCAACGCCUGGCUCUCUAAUGCACCUCAGCUCAUUCUCUCGUUUUGUUACCUGGCCAUCAACAGCGAAUGCACUGCAAUGGCAGGUGCAACCGAAUGGAACAGUAUGGCAGUAUCUCGUAAAGGUCUCCGUGUUACUCGUCCAGUUGGCCAUCAGCGCGAUACAUAUUUUCUUCAGCUUCCGUACCGCUGGUCAUUGCCACUGACUAUCGCGAGCGGCGGUAUGCACUGGCUCCUCUCACAAAGCAUCUUCAUUGUGCGCAUCGACAAUUAUGAUCGUAACGGCAUUUUCAAGCCUGAGGAAUCCAAAUCAGCGUGUGGAUUUUCAGGAGUCAGCUUCAUAACUCUGACAUGCGCCUUCUACCUCCUGGUAGGAUUUGUAGGUCUCAUAGGAAGGAAAAAGAUGGAAGUAAGGAUACCGUUCGCUGCAUCGUGUAGUCGCGUCAUCAGUGCGGCUUGCCACCCGCCAGCAGAUGACAUUGAUGCGCACAUGCGACCUGUUCAAUGGGGCGUCACUGAGGGAACCAUGUAUGAUGGGGAGAAACACUGUUCACUAUCAUCGAAGCCUGUAACAAAACCUCAAGUUGGGGAGAAGUAUCUCUAA